AUGGGUCAAGUACAGUCCAUACAAGGCGCCUCAAGACCAGGUGCCGCGGGGUACUGGAGUAGUACGUUCGGGUCGCCAAAGUACGAAAACGACGAGGUGCAGAUGGUGGCCAGGGCGCCGGCGGCAGGUGACCGUGCAAGACCCAUCGUUCUUGACGAAGACGAUGAGGACAAAGCCGAUGAGGAAGAAAAGAAGAUGACUACGCCCCCUCCCCCGCCGCUCGACGCGGCGACACUAGACAAUCCAAUCCCCGCCUCCGAUCGCCGAAGGUUUCCACAAGCAAGUGAGAAGGCCCCCCGCCCCGCGACUAGGCGGCUCCCGCGACUAGGGUUCCGCCCACGCCCCCCGCCGCCGCCGACCGCCGGCCUCGCGCACUCCGCCUCCCUCUCCUCCUCCCCCGCGCCCCCGUCCGCCUGCUCGCCCCCCUCCCCCGUGGGCGACGGGCGGGCCCCUGCGGCUCUUCUCCUCCAGCCCCCUCCCCGUCCAUCUCCCUCCCCGCCGCCGCCGGCUGGGUUCGCCGGGCCUUGCCCGCGCGGCGCCGGCGACGGCGGGCCGUCCCUUCCCCGCUCGCUCAUGGGGGGGGCGCGGGGGCCUCCCGAUGGCGGCGGUGCAGCUCGGCCAGCUGCGGUGUGGCUCGGCGGCGGGAGUCCGGCGAGCCUCGUGGUCCUUGGUGCAGUGGCGCGGCUGUUGGUCGCGUGGCGGCGUGGCGGUGCUGGUGGCCGGCGGCGCCUGCGCGGCCCAGAUCUGGGCCCUUUCGGGCUCCAUCUGGGCUAG